GGCCGGGGCCGGGGCAGCGGCGGCGGCGGGGCCAUGCCAUGCCCGUAGGGAGAGAUGCCUUGGGGAAAUGGACACACUGGAUCACAGCGCAAACAUGGCGUCCCCGCGGCGCGGCUGCCCCUCUCGGGCUGGUGCCUGCUCUGCUCCCUGCUGUGCGGGGGGCUCGCGGCCGCCAGGACCCCCCCGGCCGCCGCCUGCCAGCCCUGCGCCGCCGCCUGUACCUGCGCCGCCGGCUCCUGCCUCGUCAACUGCUCGGCCCGCGGGCUGGAGCGCCCGGGCGCCGACGUCCCGCCGGCCGCCACGGCUCUGGAUCUUUCCAGUAACAAGAUCAGCAUUUUAGAUGUUCAGAUGUUUAAAAACCUGACUUCUCUGGCAAAACUAGAUAUAAGCCACAACAAGAUUUCUACAUUAGAAGAUGGAAUAUUUGAUAACUUAUUUAAUUUAAGUGAAAUAAACUUAAGUUUGAAUCCAUUUUUUUGUGACUGCAAACUUUCCUGGUUGCCCCGUUGGGUGGAAGACAGAAAAGUUAAAGUUAUUCAGGCAUCAGAUACAAGAUGUGCCCACCCUCCUGAAGUGGCAAACCUUUCUCUCUUCAGUGUUUCAUUCAUCAGUGCAACUUGUGGAGCUCAAUAUAUAGCGUGUCUGACGAGCAACCACACAGAAGAGACUGAAUUCAUCAUCCUCUUCACAUCUGUUUUCCCUGGGAACCUCACUGAGGAGACCUGCAGUGCCCUCUGCUAUGCUGAAGACCAAGAGUAUGGAGGCUUCAGCGCCCAGGGGCAGUGUUUGUGUGGUACUGCCCAUGAACCAAACUCUUCCUCUGGUUGUUUGCCAUUUUGCACUGAGCACUUGUCUGGGCAGGCCUGUGGUGGACCCUCACAUGUCCGCUCUCCCUUCCAGGCACAGCUGCCUGUGUCUUUCACAGGACUCCAGCCCCGGUAUAGCCUUCACCAGGCUGUGCUCUUCAAUAUCAGUAUUCCCAUUGCUGUCAGCACUUUACAGUGGGAAUUUGGGGACCAGUCAGAGGUUCUCAACACCACUGGGAGUACAGCUAUCCACACCUAUGUCUUACCUGGACAGUACAAUGUCACUGCCACUCUCUUUGUGGGCACCAAGGUCUCCUAUGUACAGGCAGAAAUUGAGGUGGUAGCUUCACCCCAAGAGAUAGAGCUACAGUGUCCUUCCUUGAUCAAGACAAAUGAGAGUCUGGAUAUACAGAUCCGCAACAGAGGUGGCACUGGCCUUGCAGUGUUGUACAGUAUCACUGCAGAGUCCGGAGAGCUAGGCAGAGCAGUUCACCCCAUGUGUCCUCUGGAUGGCUUGGUUUUCCCGGGCAAUAACCACUGCUAUCAGCUAGUGGUGGAGAAGGCCGAGUGGCUGGAGGCACAGCAGCGCUGCCAGGAGCAUGGCAACGGAGAGCUGGCUUUCGUGAGCAGCCCUGAGAUACAGAGUUUUUUGGUCACUCAUGUGAUCAGGAGCCUUGAUGUCUGGAUUGGAUUCAAUGAUUUUGCAAGCACUGGAGCACAACAGAGUGGUGAAGGAUUUAAUCUGGAGAGCUGUCAGAAUUGGCUGCCAGGAGAACCACAUCCAUCAAAUGCUGACCACUGUGUCCGGAUGGGCCCAACAGGCCAGUGUAAUACAGACCUGUGCAUGGCCAAGCACAGCUAUGUGUGCGAGUACAAGCCAAAAGGAAUUGUCUUAAAUGCUGAAAACUUUUAUGUGGGAGACCCUGUGUUUGACACACAUGAGGCUGUGAAAAACGUGACGGAAGAUGUGUUGUCAGCUGCUUCGCAAGUCGUGGAGGUGAUGGUGUUUCCUGAGCUGGCAUUCAGGCAUGAGGGGGUUUUGACUGCCCUGGAAUUUGUGACACAGGAACUGCAUCAGCCUGUUCAAGUGAAGUUCCAGGUGCAUAGACCGAUACACAGAGAAGACUACCAGAAGGGGAACGAUAUGUACCCAUUCCACACGUCUCAGGAUGAUGGGAACUGGACUCUACUUGAAUGUCCUGCUGGUUUCCAGUGGUGUCAUUUGACUGAUUUGUGCUUGUUGCUGAACAACUGCUGCAACACGACAGAGUGCACCAACAGUUCUCUUGCCAACAGUCCCAUCCCUGUUUCCUUUCAGCACAAUGAAAGCCAACUUAAUUAUGAACUCAUCAAGGAAUUUGUCUUUGCAGUACCAGCUGGCCCUUCUUCCCCAUAUCUGGUCACAUUCAAAGAAGAAAAUAUCUUUGUCAGGACCAAUGAUAUCUUCAGUAUUCAGCAUAAUGCAGGCUUGGGCUUACUUCUCCUGUGCCAGCCAGGUACCAGCUCCUCUUACAGACUCAACUUCCUAAGCACUAACUCUUCAGAUUGGGCACAUGGCCUAUCUGCCAGUUUCACCAGUGCCACCUGGACAAACAACACCAUUUGCUCUCUCAGAGUUCGCUAUGCUGAGGAACAGCUGGUCCCAAUGAUCAGCCCCCACAAUGCAGGACUGGAGCAUCCAGGACGCUACACAGUCAGAGCCAGUGUGGACAAUGGGGUCUUCAGUGCCAAUCUGUCCUGCAGUUUCUGGGUCACUUCCUUGGUGUCAGGCCUGCGUGUCAUCCACCCCCCUCCACAAGGCGGCAAGGUCUAUGUACCAUCCAACCACACUACCCUGGUUGUCAAACUGUCCUCAGGGAUGAAUGCGACAGCCAGCUGGCUGGGAGACAAUCAUUCCUUCCCCUUCAAAGGGUCCUGCCCAGCAGCAAUCCUGUCACUGACCGCAGACUGUGCUAGAGAGACCAACGAUACCUGGUUUGCUGUGGUCAGCCUGAGCAGCCUCAGGGAGGGGCUGAGCACCCACGUGCUUAUUGCAGAGAAUACUGUGAGCUCCCAGAACAUCACUGUUACAGUGAAGGUGGAGGAGCCUAUCCGUGGGCUAAAAGCCACCCCUGACCCUGAGAGCAGAGUCCUGCUAAACACACGAGUGAGCUACGUCCCCGUGAUGGAAGCCGGGUCAGAUGUGACUUUCCGAUGGACAGUAGAUGAUAAGCCAUCUUUCACUUUUUACAACGUUGUCUUCAACGUUAUCUACCAAAGCCCGGCUGUGUACAAGCUUUCGCUCACCGCCUCCAACCACGUCAGUAACUUUACGGUCAAUUACAAUGUCACGGUGGAGAUGAUGAAUAAGAUGAAGAACCUGACUGUGUUGGGUAUCCUGCCGGUCCUCCCUCAGAACAGCACUGUGGAGCUUACAGCACGAGUUCAGAUUGAUUCAGCUGUGGAUGCUAUGUUUCUGUGGGAUUUUGGAGAUGGUGUCCAGGAAACGUACCAGUUCAAACCUCCUUACAACAAGUCUUUCCUCGUUCCUGAUCCCAGCAUCCAUGAGGUUGUAAUAGAGCACAAUGUAUCACACACCUAUCAAGACCCAGGUGAAUAUGCCUUGGUGGUUCUAGUGUCAAACCAGUUUGAGAACCUCACCCAUGUGACCCCAGUUCACAUUCACAGUUAUUUGAUUGAAGUGAAGAUGGAAACGGAUGAGGAUGUUCUAGUUGUGAGCCAUCCAGUCACCUUCAGAGCCAAUCCACUGCCGUCUCCUUAUGGCGUUGUCUACACUUGGGACUUUGGGGAUGGGUCCUCACUGUUUACAGAGAGCCAGCCUACUGCAACAUACAGCUACCCCAGAAGAGGGGUGUACAACAUCACCUUGACAGUGAACAACACCAUAAGCAGCGUGGAGACAGUUGAGUGUUACCAAGUGUUUGAAGAGAUAACUGGGCUCCAUGUUUCUGCAGAUGAGGCAGCAGAGCUGGGUGCAGUUGUAACUUUUAAUGCUUCAGUGCAGACAGGGGACAGUAUCACCUGGAUAUUUGAUAUGGGGGAUGGGACCGUGCUGAGGACCUACAUGCCAGUGGUAGAACACAUGUACAUAAAGGACAUCAACUGCUCUGUAAAUGUGACAGCAGUGAAUCCUGUGAACUCUGUCUCCCAAAUUGUGCCUAUUCGGAUAUUUGUCCUGGAAGUACUCAAAAUAGAGCCUACCUCUUGCAUCCUUGAGCAUCCGGACGUGCAGCUCACUGCAUAUGUGACAGGGAAUCCUGAUGAAUACAUCUUUGACUGGACCUUUGGGGAUGGUUCAUCCAACGUCACAAUCAGUGGGGACCCUGUUGUUAUGCACAACUUCACCCGCAGCGGGACAUUCCCCCUCUCCCUGACUCUCUCAAGCAGGUUUAACAAGGCUCACUAUUUCACCAGUGUUUGUGUGGAGCCAGAGAUAGUCAAUGUCACGCUUCUUCCUUCCAAGCAGUUUGUGAGGCUUGGUGAGGAGAGCAGUUUCCAGGUCAGUGCCAUGCCUCUCUAUCAGUACCGCUAUCGUUGGGAUUUUGGGAAUAAUGAGUCCACUAGAUCGAGUGGGACUGAAGUCAGCUACACCUAUAAGAACACAGGAGUCUUCCUGGUCACAGUGACUGUCUCCAACAAUGUCUCAUUCAAUAACGACACAGCAUUUGUGGAAGUCCAAGAACCAGUUGGGGUAGCAAAGAUUGAAUAUAAUGGAACCAGGGUUUUGGAGCUGAACCAAAUCUACCUGUUUUCUGCCAACAUGAAUGGAACCAAAGUGAGUUACCAUUGGGACUUUGGAGAUGGCACUACCAAGCCUGGCCAAAUCACUGCCCACUCCUACAACAGCACAGGCUGUUACACUGUUAGUGUGACAGGCCAGAAUGACGUGAGCUUCAAUGAGACUAGGAUUGAUGUCACAGUAAAACGUCGGCUCCAGGGGCUUAGCAUCAAUGCCAGCAGGACAGUGGUGCCAUUAAAUGGUUCAGUGAGUUUUGUAGCCACGCUUGUAGCUGGCAGUGCCAUCCGCUACUCUUGGAUCCUGUGUGACCGGUGCACUCCCAUCCAAGGCUCUUCCACAAUUUCCUACACCUUCCGGUCCGUGGGCACAUUCAAUGUCAUUGUGACAGCAGAGAAUGAGAUCAGCUCUUUGCAGGACAGCAUCUAUGUCUAUGUCCUGGAGCAGAUUGAAGGCCUGCAGGUGGCUAGUAGUGACCUGGUGGAGGAUAUGUAUUUCCCAACUAACAAAACGCUGUAUUUGCAGGCAAUGGUGAGGGAGGGGACGAACAUCUCGUACAGCUGGGUAGCCCAAAAGGAUGGUGAUGCUCUGCAGACCUUCACUGGGAAAAUCUUCUCCUUGAGUGUCGUAGAAGCUGGAAAUUACACUGUAUAUCUGAAAGCCACUAACAUGCUGGGUUGUGCAACUGCUAACAGGACACUGGAGUUCCUUGAAAGCAUUGGCCUUCUAAAGCCUUCUGCUUUCCCCAGCCCAGCUGCUAUUAAUGCAUCUGUUAACAUAAGUACCACCAUAACCAGUGGCACUGGCAUCACAUAUUUUUGGUACCUGGAGGAUGGCUUCUCUCUUGUUACCUCUGAACCCUUUAUUAUACACUCGUUUCAGAGCCCUGGAGCUAUAGAGGUCAUCAUUGGAGCAGAAAACAAGCUGGAUUCCACCAAUGCAACAAUUUAUGUCCAUGUAGAGGAGGUCAUAGAGGGACUGAGUAUAGGGACUGCAGAGCCAGACUGUAGAUAUGUCUCAUCAGGCUCCACAGUGGUCUUUGAGGGGGAGCUGCAGAGAGGGACUGAAGUGACAUGGCUUUGGGAUGUGCCAAAUGGUACAUUGACAGGCCAGUCCGUGGCAGUCAAGUUUCCUACAGCAGGAUUUUAUACGGUUUACCUAAAUGCAUCAAAUGACAUCAGCUGGGCUCUGGCCAGCAGGAAUAUCUCUGUGCUGGACAGAAUUCAAGGACUGGAGGUUUUUGCCAGCAAGAAGGUGGUAGAGCCAGGGGAACAGGUUACCUUUGUGAUCAGGAUGUUGUCAGGUACCUCUGUGAGUUACUUGGUGAGCAUAAGUGGGGACUACUCUGUGGUGCUCAACGGGUCCAAGUACACACAUGAGUUCACCAAGAGUGGCGAUUACUUGGUGACUGUGACAGUGCAGAACCAGAUCAGUAUUGCCCAUGCCCAGGUGCUCAUUGCAGUCCUGGAGGCCAUCCGCGAUGUCAGACUCCUGAACUGCUGUGAGCAAGGCAUAGCAACAGGCACAGAGAAGAUCUUCAGUGCCCAGGUGGGGAGUGGCUCUCGUGUGUCAUUCUCUUGGCAGUUCUCCCUGUGGAAAGAGCAGGGCUGCUCUCUGGUCACCACGGCAGGAGAGAGAGUUUCUUACACUCCGGAAGCUGCAGGGCUCCUUGAGAUUCACCUCAGUGCUUUCAAUGACUUGGGUGCUAUCAAUAUCACCAGAACCAUUCAGGUCCAAGACCCAAUAGUCCAAGUCUCCCUCAUUGCGACCAAAGCCUUUGUCAACAGGACAACGCAGUUUGAAGCGGCAGUGGUGCCACAUGGCAGGGGUAUUGAGUUCUUGUGGACCUUUGGGGAUGGCUCUUCCACUCAAAUGACUAGGGUGCCAGUGGUCAGCUAUUCUUACCUGAGCCCUGGGGAUUACCUCGUGGAAGUGAAUGCCACCAAUCUCAUCAGCUUCUUCAUAGCCCAUCUUACCAUCACUGUCAAGGUGUUGGAGUGUGAAGAGCCAGAGGUGGAGUUAGCCUUGCCCCCUCAAGUAGUCAUGAAACGGUCCCAGAGGAACUACCUAGAGGCACAGAUUGACCUACGAGGCUGCAUCAAAUACCAGACAGAACAUCUGUGGGAGAUAUAUCAAGCACCCAGCUGUGUGCACUUGGAUGACUCCAGUAGGAUUCGUCUGCCAGGCGUUGACAUGAACAGGCCCCAGCUGGUUGUACCAAAGCUUGCCCUGGAAGUUGGGAACUAUUGUUUCAUCUUUAUUGUCUCCUUUGGAGAUACCCCACUGUCCAAAAGUAUCUUUGCCAAUGUGACCGUGAUACCAAGUAAACUUGUCCCAAUCAUUGAUGGGGGUUCAUACCGGGUAUGGUCCAACACUCAGGACUUAGUCUUGGAUGGGAAGAAAUCCUAUGACCCAAACUUGGAUGAUGGUGAACAGACUCCAUUGUUUUACCAGUGGUCUUGUACAUGGUCCUCCAAGCAGAGCUCGGCUGCAGGGUGCUCUCUGAAUUUCAGUGCCAUGGGAGGAAUUGUUGCCAUUCCCAAAGCUGUAUUAGAAGCAGAUGUGGAGUACACAUUCGACCUCACUGUCUGGAAGGCGGGUAUGAAUCGCGAGGCAACAAAUCAAACCGUAUUCAUCAAGAGGGGAGAGGUCCCUAUUGUGUCCCUGGAGUGUGUUUCCUGCAAGGUUCAGUCUGUCUAUGAAGUCAGCAAGAGCUCCUAUGUCUACCUGGAGGGGACCUGCCAGAACUGUCACAAUGACUCCAAACUUGGGAGAUGGGCAGCACACAGCUUUAAAAACAAGUCUCUCGUCCUGGACAAAAGAACUACCUCCACUGGCGACACAGGAAUGAACCUGGUCUUGAGGCAAGGGGCACUGAAGGAUGGGGAGGGAUAUACUUUCACCCUUCACAUCACAGACCUCACAACAGGGGAGGAAGGAUUUGCCUCCAUUGACCUGCUCCCAAACCAGCCACCCAUUGGAGGAUCCUGCCGGCUGUCUCCUAAAGGACCACUCAGGGCACUGAUGGCAAAAGUGCACUUUGAGUGUACAGGCUGGCAAGAUACGGAGGACGCGGGGGCCCCCCUGGUGUAUAUCCUCCUGGCAUCUCGCCUCAGGGCUGGGCACUACCAUGAGUUCUGUGUGUACAAGGGCAGCCGUGCUGAGCACAGCGCCUUCCUGCCCCCAGGCUUUCACGAGAGUGGCUUCCUGGUGUCCGUGUCUGUGCUUGUCCAGGACCAGCUGGGAGCGACCGUGGUGGCUGUUAACCGCUCCAUGGAAAUCAGCUUACCUGAGGGGUCCCCCAGCCUCUCCCACUGGCUCUACAAUCAAACUGACACCGUGCUCCAGGGUUUGGUGAAACAGGGCGAUCCUCAACAGGUCAUUGAGUACUCUCUGGCGCUCAUCACAAUCUUAAAUGAGUAUGAGCGGUCAGUGCUUUUGGAGCCUGAAACUGGGAAUGAAUUUGAACUCCGGACCUGGACUCGGAACAAUAUCACAGAAACCCUGAACUCACUCAAUGUGAACACAGUUGAUGAUAUCCAGCAGAUCUCAGCUGCCUUGGCUCAGUGCACGAUGGUGAGCAAGGAGCUGGUUUGCAGGCCAUGCCUGACAAGGACCCUGAACAAGCUAGAGACCAUGAUGACCAUCCUGCAAGGGGAGACUACCCAGGGCACUGUGACACCGACGGGCAUCGCUGACAACAUCCUCAACAUCACAGGUGACCUAAUUCACCUUGUCAACACAGCUGCACAAGAAUCUAAGCCCCAGGAAUUGCUUAGUGAUUCCCACAAUUUUCUGCUAGCUCCCAAAGCCUAUAACUUGUCUUCCAGCCUGAUGCGCAUCCUCAUGAAGUCUCGAGUGCUGAAUGAAGAGCCCCUUGAACUAGUGGGAGGAGAAAUUAAGGCCACAGGCAAGCGGUCUGAUCCCUUUAACUUGCUUUGCUAUGAAAACACACCGAAUUGCCAGUUCUCCAUCCCCCAGGCUUUCAACACCACCCUUUCCAACCUGACGGAUGUCGUUCAAGUCAUGUUCCAGGUGGACUCCAAUCCUUUCCCAUUUGGUUACAUCAGCAACUACACUGUGUCCACAAAGGUAGCCUCUAUGGAGUUUCAGACCCACAACGGAGUGCAGAUCCCCAUUGGGAGCUUAGACUCAGAAAAAGCGAUCACAGUGAUGGUAUCAAACAACACAGAUGCUGAUGAUCUCUCUGCUGGCACUGAAAUCAUUGAAGCAAGAACUUCUGUGAACCUCAUUGUAACUAUGGAGAGCAACAACAGAGAAGCAGGACUGCACUUCCGGCUCACUUACAGAGUCUUGAAUGAGCACUACAUUGCAAGUGAGCCUGAGCCAUUCAUCAUGGCCUAUCUUCAUCAUGAACCCGAGCCAAAUGAGCACAACUGCAGUGCCGCUAAGAAAAUUGGCCUGGAGGCCCUGGCUGGAAGUGACCACAAGCUCUACACCUUCUUCACCUCCCCCGUUACUGAUGACACCAUCCAGAAGUAUUAUUUCAACAUCACAAACCAUUUCAGCUGGUCCCCAGUGGAGGUGACUGUAGGGUUGUACACCUCCCUGUGCCAGUACUUCAGUGAACAGGAGAAACGGUGGAAGACAGAAGGGAUCAUCCCCCUGGAAGAGACCAGGCCAGAUCAGGCUGUGUGCUUAACCCAGCACCUCACCGCCUUUGGGGCCAGUCUGUUUGUCCCCCCAAACUCUGUCCAGUUCAUCUUCCCUGCUCCAGGCCCAGGUCUCAACUACAUCGUUCUGCUGACAUGUGCUGUCUGCUUUGUGACCUAUUCAGUGGCUGCACUUAUUGUGCACAAGCUGGACAUGAUCGACAUUAACCGAGUGGGGGUGAUUCCCUUCUGCGGGAAGAAUGGGCUAUAUAAAUAUGAGAUCCUGGUGAAAACCGGCUGGGGCAGAGGAUCAGGUACCACAGCCCAUGUGGGGAUUGCCCUGUAUGGCGUGGACAAUAAGAGUGGUCACAGACAUCUGGAUGGAGAAAAUGCCUUCCAUCGCAACAGCCUCGAUGUGUUUCAGAUCGCAACAGAGCGGAGUCUGGGGAGCAUCUGGCGUAUCCGUAUCUGGCAUGACAAUAAAGGACUGAGCCCCUCUUGGUACCUGCAGCACAUCAUCAUCCGGGACCUGCAGAGCAGCAAGAGCUACUUCUUCCUGGUGAAUGACUGGCUGUCGGUGGAGAGCGAAGAGAAUGAUGGCAUGGUGGAGAAGGAGGUUUACGCUGCCAGUGAGACAGAGCUGAGGAGCUUCUCGCGGAUCUUCGUAGCAGAGCUGCAGCGAGGUUUUUUUGAGAAGCAUGUCUGGCUCUCCAUGUGGGACCGCCCACCUCGCAGCCGCUUUACCCGCGUCCAAAGAGCCACCUGCUGCUCUCUGCUUAUCUUCCUCUUCCUCUGUGCCAACGCGGUAUGGUAUGGCGUCGUGGGGAAUGUACACCUCAGCAAUGGGGCUGUUUCCAACCUGAUCCCCGUUAGUGUAGACACAGUGGCCGUUGGUUUGGUGUCCAGCGUGGUGGUCUAUCCUCUCUACCUGGUCAUUUUAUUUCUCUUCCGGAUGGCUCGUGGCAAGGUCUCCAUUAACCACACCCUGACUCACUCAGACCAGCAGUCCUUGGAGAUCGACAACUACCUGGACUCCUCAAUCCUGGAGAGUUCCUUCCUCACCUUCCCAGGACUUCGGGCAGAGGCCUUUUCUGAGCAAACCAAAACAGAUCUGUUCCUGGAAGACUCCAAAAGCCUUGUGCGGUGGCCCUCCAGCGAGGCCCUGCUCAGCUGGCCAGACCUCCUCAGUGAUCCCUCCAUCAUGGGCAACACUAUUCAGAAGUUGAAGAGAGGCCGGGCCAGCCGCCACCUUGGGCUUGAGGGCCCCCUGGCAACUGAGGAGGACAGCAUGUCACUUGGCGUUCACCAAGGGCAACCUCGGUAUUUCUCUGCCUCAGAUGAGGAUCUGAUACGGCAGAUCCUAGCAGAUGGAUCUAGUGGCAUCUCCCACUCUCAGGACGUAGGGCCAUACUUGAGGGCUGAAACAGAUCUGAUCUCAGGCCUGUCCAGUGUGUUUGGGGAGAAGGUUGAGACCGUCAUGAUGCAGAAGCUGAAUGACAAAGGCCAGAAUGUGGCAGCCCCUCCUAGGGAAGUGAGCAGAUCAGCCAAGUCGACGUGGACAGUUACAGACCAAACGUUCAGGAAGCGCUUGCUGCCACCCUGGUGUUCCUAUCUGGCUCACGGCAUCAGUCUCCUCCUCUUUGCCACCUCCGCUGGGGUCUCUGUGUGGAUUGGUGUGGGCUUUUCCUCCAGCGUUGCCCUCAUGUGGCUCAUCUCAGGGAUAUUCAGCUUUUUGGCAUCCUUCUUGGUCUGGGAGCCCCUGAAGGUUCUGCUGGAAGCCCUCUAUUUCUCACUGGUUGCCAAGCGCUUGCACCCGGAGGAAGACGACACCUUGGUGGAACAUCCGUUUGUUGAGCAUGUUUCUGAGAAGAUCAGCAAAGUCCGACCUCCGCAGGGGUUUGCCCUUUUCCAGGCCAAGGAGGAGGCUAAGAAGGUCAAACUAUUGCACAAGAUGCUGAAGAAUUUCCUCAUUUACAUGUUGUUCCUGCUGGUGAUCCUGCUCACCAACUAUGGAGAUGCCUCCCGCAACAGUAGGACCUUCCUUUUGCAAAGCUCCAUCAAGCAGCAGUUGGGCAGCAAUGAAUUCCUCCGCAUCAAGAGGUCAGAUCAGUUCUGGGUCUGGAUGUCGCAGGUGUUCCUCCCUUUUCUCUACAACAACCAGUCAAGUCAAGAGAGCUACAGUACCACACUGGGAGCAGCCCGGCUGCGCCAGCUCCGGCUGCGAGAAGCCGAGUGCCAGCACACCGCUCGGGACCUCCUCCGCGGGGUGGGCGCAGCUGCCAGGAGGAACUGCACCAACUCGCACAGCUUUGCUACCGCUGAUUACACAGCUGGCUGGGAAAGGGCGCCUGGGAAUUUGACAGCUGCAUGGUCCUACUCGCCUCCCGACCUCACUGGAGUCUGGUACUGGGGUUACAUCUCUUUCUAUGAUAGUGGUGGUUAUGUCCAGGAAUUGGGGGCUUCACUGGAGGAAAGCAGAGCUCAGCUGGAUUUCCUUCAGCAGCAUACGUGGAUCGACAACAUGAGCCGAGCAGUCUUCGUGGAGCUGAUGCAGUAUAACCCCAGUGUGGACUUGCAUGCUGCCAUCACAUUGCGGCUGGAGUUCCUGGGGGCAGGCCAAGCCAUGACUGCUGUCACCAUUAGCCCCUUCCCACUGCUGCGGCUCCGCGGGGGUGUCACGCUGCAGCUCCUCAUGAUGGUCUUCCUCAUGAUGUUUGUCGUCUACUUCGUGGUGUCUGAGUCGCUGUCAAUCAAGAAGGAAGGCAGGGCCUACUUCACUCUGUGGGGCAACUAUGGCCAGUGGGUCUUCAUCCUCCUUACCACCUGCACUGUGGUGGUGCACCUCAGCCAAGCCACCCUUGCCGACCAGCAGUGGCUCAAGUACCUCAACAACCGCAAGGGUUUCACCAACUUCUACCAGGUGGCCUUUCUCAACACAGUCUUCAGCACCUUGGCUGCCUCCCUCCUUUUCCUCCUGACUGUACAGGCUGCCCAGCAGCUGCGUUUUGUCAGGCAAUGGUCCGUGUUUGGGAAAACCAUUCAGAAGUCCAUGAAGGAGCUGACUGCUGCAGGGCUUGCGUUCGCUGUCCUCAUCCUGGCGUAUGCACAGCUUGGCUUCCUGCUUUUCUCCUCCUCCUCGGAGUCCUUCCGCAGUAUUGGCAGCAGCCUCCUGCUGCUCUUUGCCAUGGUGCGGGGCAGCGUGAACCUCUGGCCCAGCCUGCCUGAGUCUUCUGGGCUGUACUACCUGUUCUGCACUAGCUAUAUUGUCCUGGAGGUGUGGAUUGUGCUGAGGCUCUUCACUGUGGUGCUUAUAUACAGCUAUCGGGAAAUGCACUUCGAGCUGUACCGACCAGCCUUUGAGCCCCAGGACUACGAGAUGGUGGAGCUUUUUGUGCGCAGGCUGAAAAUGUGGAUGGGCUUUAGCAAAGCCAAGGAGUUCCGCCACAAGGUGAGAUUUGAAGGGAUGGAGCCCUUGCCGUCCCGAGACUCCAGUGACUCCAAGUCCUUUCGGGGCCCCACUCCCAGCGCUGCCUCUGACAGCUCCAGGGCCUCCACUUCCUCCAGCCAGCUGGAUGGGCUCAGUCUUGUGCUGAGCACCCGGGACAGCCUGGAAGUGGAUGCUGACAUCCAACGGCUCCUUUCCCUCUUUGAGAUGCUGCUAGCCCAGUUCGACCGGGUCAACCAGGUGACGGAGGACGUGUAUCGCAUCGAGCACCAGCUGGAGGGCUCUCAGAGCCGCCGCUCCAGGAAAAGGUCCACCCGGAUGACAGAGGACGUCCUCAGCAGGUACUGCCUGGGCAGCACAGAGCAGGGGCCCUUGUCUGAGACCACCUCUGACAUGGACUUGCAGCCCUCGCGGGACACCCUGCUGUCUCCUCACUCUCCAGGCCCCCUGCCAGGCAGCAGGGGCUCUGUGCCCAGCCGACUCCUUCGAGCAAGCAGGGGCGUUAGCAUGGCUUCUUCUGUGCUCUCCCCACACAAAACGUAUGCCUCUCUGGCGCCUGCAGUAAAAAAGAAACGAACCCUCCGGGCCAAGAAUAGAGUCCACCCCACUGUCAAAUAACAGGAGCCACAAUGGGCAUCACGUGGAGAAAUGCCCCUCGGAGGGCACAGGGCCUUGGAAGGGGUUUGCAAAGGGCAGGCUGUGCCUGUGAGCCGGAGCUGGAGCCCCAGCCGGCCAUCACGGUAGAAAACUUGUGCUGUGGCUGCCGUGCCUGUGCCAGCGCUUGUGGCUGCUUGGGUGGACCGUGGUCAGCACCGAGUCUCGAUCUUCCGUGUUCCUGACCGCGCAGGUUGUUUGUGCUGACUUCCUUACUGAUGGUUCCCAGCAAUUAAGGGUCCAUUGGAAAAGGCUCAGUCUCCCCUCCUGGAUAGCUGGGGAGGCUGACAGGGUCACUCCGGAAUCACAGUCAGCAGAGGCAGUGUGCAGAAAAUACCUGUUACAGUAAGGCAGCAUUAAAAAGAUGUCUCUUGUUAAACGGCCCCAGUUGCAAACAGACAGCAGAAGGCAACUUCCACAAGGCUGCCUUACUGGGACUGGCGAGCUGGCCUUACUGGGACUGGCGCAGAGUGACCAGUGCAAGGCUCCCCUGCUCCCCCCGGCUGUGCCGGCUGGGCGUGCAGAGAAGAAGCCCCAGGCCUUCAAGGUUUGAACUGUCUUGGAUUUUGCUGACCAGACACACUGUGGAGGAAAGUUACAGGUUUCAGGAAGUAAUUUAACUGACUUUUUUAAAAAAAGUAUAUAUAUAUAGAUAGAUAAAUGGUAUCUAAACCCAAUCAGUUAAUUUCCAGUAUUGGCUUUUAUCCUCCAGAAAUUGGUACUAUUAUUUGUAUUUAAAGAAGUCCAAUAUUUAAAACAAAGGAUAUUGCAAGCUGCAGCGAGCUGCUAGCCUUGCUGCCCAGCCAGGCUUGGAGGGGAUAAUCAGCAACGGUUCAACCCAAAGGGUGUGGAGACUUCAGAGGCUGCUUUCAGGCCAUCUCUGAGAGGGGGGUUGCCAACGUGCUGGCUUCACUGCGGUCCCCCACCCACCGCCCUCCCGGCCAGCGCUGGCCCGCGCGCGGCGAGCCCACUGGGUGAGCAUGCUGCUGGCUGCUUGGCUUUUCUAAUUCAAGGAAUGUAUUGACGUAAGUAUAUGUAUUUUUUUGGUUUACUUGUUCAUAUGUACUGCCCAGCACUUUAAACAAUGCUUUCCUCAGCUAGCAGUGACACGUGCGAUCUAACAAGAACAGGAUAAUAUAUCACAAAAGCAGUAUUUUUUUUUUUUUUAUCAUAAACUGAAAUGAGCAAGAGAUGAUAAAGUGACCGUGGCCCGGCCCUGGGAGCCUGUGCCCUCAGCGCCUGGCGUCUUCCCUAAGGAAAGCACAAAUGCAUUUAAAAGGAGGGCCGGAGGGACACCUAAGGAGGCUUUUGGCUGGGUCAGAGAGGCAAAUGCUCCUUGCCCUCGCCCCCCCCCCCCCCCGACUGGCAGUAGGUUGGGCUACAGCUGGCCUGUGCUCAGAGCACCCCGGGCAGCCGCAGCGCCGCAGCCCUGGGCCGGGGAGCAGGGCAGAGCCGCGGGCCGGGCGCUGGUGCGUGCCGGCGGGCAGGCGCGCUCGGCAGCAGCUGCGAGCGCCACAGAGCUCCCGCCGGGCCUGUGGUCGCUUCAUCAUUGCCAUUUCGUAUUAUGUAUAUUGUAAGUAAUUUAUAUGGGUUUUUAAAAUGUAUAUAUUUUUGUAUGUUUGCUAUAUUUUCAUAGCAUCGGUCAUGUGUUUGAAACGUGUAGAUAGGAGACAGAAUACUAUUGUCAGAGUUAUUUAAAGGAUGUAUUAAGUGCUUCUUUCUAGGAAUGGUCCAUGUAUAUACCGUGUUAGGUGUCUGUGUGCAUGCGGUGCAUAUGCUUGCGUCCCAGCUGUGGUUCAGGCCGGGCUGGCUCUGGUUCAGUCCCUGCAGGUGGAGCGGCACGUGGCAGCGGGAGCUCCCACAGUGCACUGGUUGGUGUUGUCCCAAAAACCUGCUCAAUGCUUUGGAAGUGUAACGGGGUUGAAGGGAGGCCCUAGAAACCAAGCCCAAGAGGAGGGCACUGCUGAGCGGGCAGGAGCGUGUGUUAGCCUGCGUCCCGCUGCUGCUGCUGCUGCGGCUCUCGGCUCAGCAGUCCCACGCGCUGGGGCUGCCUGGCCCUGGGGAGGCGAGGCCCUUCCCAGGGAGCCAGAGCCAGGGGGCUUUCAAAGACAUUUCCAUUGCUGAGCAUAUCCCCUCCUUAAUCUCCUCAUCCAGCUCCCAGCACUUUUGCCAUGCUAUGUUACAGACUUUUAAAGGAGCGUUACAUUCCUGCCCCCUGUCCCUCACCGUAGUGACUGAAGGAGGAAGCAUGGGUGUUCUUGUGAUGGCUUUGAGACUGGUGUAAGUUAUCAUUUGAAAAAAAAAAAAAAAAAGAAAAUUCUAUUUAUAUAAAGGACAGACACUGUAGAAAGGUUGCAGAAGGAUGCGUGCUGUAGAACGACGCAGGGGGUAAAGGGUGGUUAAGUUGCCAUUAAGGGUGUUGAGAGAGUAUGUGCCGAGAGGGAAGCAAAGCAGAGAGUGGGAAAAAAAGAAUAUUGCUGGUAACCAUGACGUUUUUCCUAAGGGGAAGGAAGAGGAAGGUUGGAGAGGAGAUGCAAGAGAAGUGCCUGGAGAUUCAGUAGCAGUAGUUGGAGAUGAAAGAAAGAUUCAAGCUAGGCAGCAGUAGGUGACUGUUGCACACGGAGGCAUAAGAAACGAGAGCCCGGGUGAGCAAUGGCUCAUAGGUACCGGGCCUGCUCCUGGCUCAGGGGUUGGUGUCAGUAAGCUUUAUGCACUGUACAGUAAUCGUUCAUCAGUCUUUUCUUUGCAAACAUCUCCAUCUUCCCCAGGAUGCUUCUGGUAUGUAAAAACGUUUUUAAAUUUAGAGAUUUAAAACUAUUGGCCUUGUAUUGUUUUAGGUCGUUCUACUUCUUUGCUAAGCAGCACAGCAGCCAGCCUCGGCUCUGGUAGAAGUCCAUGACCUGUUUUGAGACUGGCGUCGUGCUGCUGCAGGUGCCUGCAGGCCAUUUCCAAAAACACGUAAGGCAGUAAAAUGAGCAGCAGCAAGGUGUCCCAUGAUACCAGGCUGUGGCACUUCCAGCUCUGCUAAUGGUACUGGGCACGUCAUGUUGUUCAGCUCACUGCUCAUCUUUGGGCUGGGGGUGGUACAGUAGCUCUGUGGCCUCCCUGGGGAUAAGAAAGAAGUAAUUAUGAAGCAAAAUUGUGCUAGGCAAGGUAAGCGCAGAGAAAAUUAGGUAGAGCUUUAGGGUCUCUGUUCUACUUCUCCCCUUAAAGCCAAAUCUCUGAUUCUUUGAAUAUGCCUCUAAAGGAAAAGUAUUGGAGAAUUAUUCAGUUGUAUGAAAAGCAGCUGCCUUUGCAGAGAAAAGCAAGUCAUUCACCUAGCACGUGUGCAGAACAGCAGGAUGUUGUUCACUAGUGAAAAAUAAGGGUUAGCAGAGGCACUCACUAGAGUUCAGGUACUUGCAGGAGUGGGGCAUGAGCCCUCCUUGUGGUUUGGUUCCUCUGUGGGAGUCAGUAAGUCAAAAGAAUGAAAACAAGCUUUGUAAUUCAAUAUGCAUCUUCAAAAGCUAGAAACCAGGAACCUCAUGUGUUACCAGCACUUCUGCCUAGCUGUGGCAGAGAAAUCUCUUGAAAAGAGCAGCUACAUCUCCCCCUGGGCCUUCAGGAGGACAGUGAUACUAUGAGUUAAGUGCAGUGGCGAGCAGGGGACUAGUGCUCAGAGCUUCCUUUAAUAAGCUAAGGGGAGGUGAGCGUGCCGAGUUAACGACAGGGUGAAGCAGCAGAAUUCUUGUUCCUGACUGUGACUGUUUCUUACCAAGCUUGCUGCAUGUGUGUGUGUGUGUGUGUGUGUGUGUGUGUGUGUAUGUGUGUACACACGCGUGAGCGUGCGUCGAUGCAAGUGACUUACCAAGUGCUCCCUCUAAUGGAAGAGGAGCAGAAACAGGCUAAGAUAAAAGACAACCGCCCUACUUCUUUUCCUCACUUGAAGUACGGAGAGCAGCUCUGGACCCCACAGUGAGAAGCCAGACACCUCAGCUCGGGCCCACGGGCGUCGUGGGCAGCCCCCAGCUUCAAGCAGUCGUAGUUCUCAUAGCAGCGUUUAUUUGUACAAAAGUAUCGUAACGCCCACCGGGGUCCUUCAGCCUCACAGCUAAGGUACUUCGCACACGCGCACUUAGCUGCAGCCAGUUACCAGUUGUGGAGUUUUGCUGUUGGCAGCAAUAAACUUGACUCAUGGCUCUAACCAGUACGUACUCCUGAAUGUAUAUUUCUGUGUUCAUAGUCACCAAGAGCUGGUUUCUUAUUUAUUGCCUUAAGUCUCACAAAGAUGCAACAGUAUCAAGCUGCUUAAAUCUUUAUAUCCACUAGUUUAAAAGGGAGAGAGGGACUUACUUACACGUAUUUUUUUGUUGUUUUUAAAAGAACAGAUGAUCAUGACCAAUACAUAAACUGUUACUAUCUGGUUAUCAUUUCACUGCAAUAAAAAUACCAUAUUUUGUAAUGGGGCGGGGGGGAAAUGUUUCUUAAAAAAAUGACAAGGUCAAAUAAAAGAUGACUGCUAAGAA